AUGAAGUUUAUUACAAAGCCUCUAAAAUAUGAACAAGUUCCUCUGCAUCCAAUCGAACCGAAAAGAUAUUCUCGUGAAUCUUCGCUGAAUUCUUUUGUUGAUCGUCGUUUAUCUCAUCGAUCAUCGUCGAUAUUAAGUAACGGCAUAAUCAUAAAAAAUGUCAUUCUCCAUCGAAAUCAUCCCAAUGAAAGAUUAGGAUUGACUCUUUGCUAUGGUAUAACAUCGAAAUCUACAACUAAUAUUUAUAUUCAACAAAUUGAUAAAGAGAGCAUCGCCGGUCAUCAGGGUGAACUUCGUAGCGGUGAUCAGAUUAUUAAAAUAAACAAUCAUCGUGUUACAAGUCGAGACGAAGCAAUCAAUCUUGUCAAUGGCGCUUGUCGUAUUCUUUUACAAAUAGUUCGAUUCGGAUUUUCAAAACCAAAUUCCUUCAUAAUUCCAUCGGAAAUACCAUUGACCGAAGAUGAUAGUGGAGUCAUUGUAGCGUGUAACAACGAAUUCGAUGCAAGCAACGAUUGGAUGUAUCAACAAUCACCGCACGAAUGUCAAAGUCUAAUAAAGAGUUGUAUUAGUUUGUCUUCAACAGCUUUAAAUCAUUGUUCGAAUUGCCGUCGUAUUCAGUCGUAUUCGCGUCAGUUUCAAUAUCGUCGUUGUUUAUCAUUAAAUGAUCUCAGGCCUUGUUCGUUUUUGGAAGAAAAAGUCCAUUAUUCGAAACAACUGAUUCGUUCACAAAGUCUUUUCGGUACCACGACUGAUAAUGAACAAGUUAUUCUCAAACCACUUCCAUUUGAUCAUGAACAACAGAAAGAAAGUGCAGAUGUUCGUCGAGAAGAUAGCGAUAGUGGUCUGGUGUGCGGUCGAUCGCGUUCGAAUGAUUCACAUCGUUCACGACAUGAUCAAAAUCAAUGGACAUUGAAACAUUUUCGACGUCGAUAUCGUGAACAACGCUUGAGAGAACAGUAUCAGACAACCGAUGAUGAACCAAUGAGCGAAUUAAAACAAGGUCGUUAUUGGACACGGCAACAACGAAAAGAGCAUUUAGCAAAAGCGAGACAAUACCGUGAACGCGCCAAAUUCUUUCAACAACAUUCAAUAGCUCCGUGUUCAGAUUCAGCAGCAGAAGAUUUUAAUUUAUUGAAUCGUAUAUUUAUUCGAGAAAAUCAACAAGAACUAAAUCAGAAACCUUAUUUAGCGUAUAAAUAUGGUCAGCAAUCGUCACUCGAACGAAAAAGAUUGAAACGAAUGAUUCAACAACAUUAUUGUGAUCGAAUUCGAUCUCAAUCAACGACGACCAUGUCAAUUUCUAGUACUGUUGAUCAACCGCCAAUGGUUAUUCUGUAG